CACCGUUUGUCACUGGUCGCUCCGUCCAGCUCCAUUUUGGCUGCAGCUUUCAGCAUUCGAGAUCCAAAAUCCUUCUCACAACGAUUUGUCUUGAUCACACUUGGCACGAACGCGCGAUUCUUCGCUUUCGACACUUUCUGUAUUCACGCGCGUCGGAAACUCGGAAUAUGAGGCAACGGAGAACAUGCCAAAUACGAUUGAACGAACAUGUUGUUCUCUUUUGUUCUCACUUGAUUCUGACAAAUCGACAACGCGUCCGAGAGAUACAAACGUCGCCAAUUCUACCGACGCUGUGCGGAUAGACGCAAUUAAACGCAUGUCGAAGCGUCACUGCACUCCGUUAUUUGAUUACACCGUAAUCCGUCACGAAAAUCGCGAGCACGAUCCACCGACUCCGCACGCGAAAGCGCCAUGGUCGAACUACGGCGCGCGUUCAAACACUUCGAUCACUCAUCGAAUAAUAGUCAAACGUGAUUGGCCGGAUUCGCGGGCGAGAGCUAAUGAGAACCAAUCACAUUCAAUCGCUCAACGCGCAAGCUAGCCGUUUUUUCGUGACGUCUGUUGUCAAAUAAUCGGUACGCCUUUGAAUUUUAUUGUUUUUCUGAGUACAAUAAUCAUUGCCCGUUAAGCAAAAGUUACAACGAAACAUUAAUCUAUCAUUUGAUGUUCUCAGAAGAUGCGAAACACGAUUGAACGCGACACGACUGGACACGACUUCGCACCAUGCAUCGUAUCCGACACGAUGGAUGUUGGCACGAACGCCCGACACUUCACUCUUUCGACAGUCCACGGUACUCUCGAAACGCUUGCUCGCGUCAAAAACUUGGGAGUCGCUGGUUGGCCGUGUACUAGUAAGCGUGUUUGUAAUAGAGUGAAAAAGCGCGGUCAGGAUUGCUGAUGCAAUCCUCCUUAUUCCUUGUGCAAGCAUAUCCUGUAUUCCUAUUUAAGUCUUUUUGUUUCCCAUAUAACUAUUGAAAGCAAGAUAAGAAAUACCUUGGUUACUAUGGUCAAAUCGUCCCCGCCACGUUGUUACACUGGGGACGGGUAUCAUUAACGUUGAGAAGAAGAAGAAGAAGUCAAAAACUCGUACGGGACGACGAGGAUGCGAACUGAAAUGCGCUGCGACACGCCGCGAUCUUCCGCCGUACUCCCUAACCGACCGACUGCUGGCACUGCGUAGCGCUGCGUAGUAGCGGCGUAGCGGGGCGCAAGCGCGCAGGCGCGGCCUACGCCGCUACGCAGUGACUGUGUGCUGUGUGGGAGCAGUUGGUCGGUCAGGUAGCACAAGCGAAAGGUCGCGGCGCGUCGUGGCGCAUAUCAACUCGCAUCCUCGUCGUUCCGUAUAAGUUUUUGACGCGAGUCAGUGUUUCGAGAAAUCCGUGGAAUGGCGGAAAGGAAGUAAAGUUUCGGGCAUUCGUGCCAACAUUCGUCGUCAGUCGAAUACGAUGUAUUGCGAUGCGUGAUACGAAGUCGUGCCGCGUUCAAUCGUGUUUCGCAUCUUCUGACGAGAACAUCGAAAUUCUAAAUUAAUGUUUCGUUGUAACUUUUGCUUAACGGGCAACGAUUAUUUCGCUCGGAAAGGCAAAUUCGAACGCGUACCGAUUUGACUACAGACGCCACGACAAAGCGGCUAGCUUGCGCGUUGAGCGAUUGAAUCUAAUUGGUUUUCACUAGUUCUCGCCCGCGAAUCCAACCAAUCACGUUUGACUACCGUUCGACGAGCGACCGAAAUGUUUGAACGCGCGCUGUAGUUCAGCCAUGGCGCUUUCGCGUGUGGUGUCGGUGAAUUGUGCUCGCGAUUUACGUGACGGAUUAAACGUGUAAUCAAAUAACGGAGUGCAGUGAUGCUCCGACAUGCGUUUAAUUGCGUUUUCAUCUCGCGAGAUUUACGUGUUCGCUGUUGUCAUUGCAAGCGUGUCGUAAGUGUAUAUUUCUGAACGGAACGAGCAGCCUCAGUCCUCAGUUCGGUUUCUGAUUCGACUCGCGUCGUAUCCGCGCGGCAUCGGUAUAAAGUUGGCGAUGUUUGUAUCUCUCGGACGCGUCAUCGGUUUGUCGGAAACAAGUGAGAACGAAAGGGCACAACAACCAACACGGCGAUUGUUUACUCUCGGGAGCAUUCAACAAAGUAUCGCGGAUGUUGUCGUGUGACAAUUGAUUCGCUCUCGGUCACGUUUCCAAGUGUGUCGCGAGUGUGUUUAUCUCCGCUGAGUGUGCAGCCGCCGCAGCCGGCAGCGAGAGACUUCCUUGGCAUUCCAUAGGACGAGCUAGAAGAGACUACUUGAAAGGCAUCGCUGGCGUUAGAUUUACUGGCUGGGCAAUUGUGUCGGUUUUUCAGCGGUGCUAGCUCCCGGAGGACACGAUGAAUCUGGAACGGCCGACGAUGGACGGCGGGUGCGGACAGCAGCCGCUCUUCCUAAGCGGCACUUCCGGCUGGAGCGGUAUCUCCAGCCCUCAGCAGUCGACCGUGCAAACUGCGAGCACUCCCUCGGAGCACUACGGGGGACCGCUGAGCCUGAGCAUCUGCAUAUCCGAUUCGGGUCACGAGAUACUCCGUCCGAAGCCACGACGACCGGGCGGUGGUAAUAACCGCGAGAUAUACAGUCCCUCUUACUCUAAGGAUCUCACCGAGAAUUCCCCUAAAACCGGGGUCCACGACAUGAUCCAUAUGAUCCCGGAAAGAGAUACGGACAGCGUGGCACCGACACCUACCCCACAGCAUCCGCGUCACUCCCAACAUCAUCAUCUCAGUUUACACGAACUCCGUGCGCUUCAGAGGCGGCCGGAAUGCACCGGCAACAGCUCCUCCGAUGAAAAUCGAUCGUCCGGACACGCGAGUAUGUCGGACACUGGCGGUCACACGAGCAGCAGUUCGCCACCGCAUCGUCAUCAUAGGACUCACAGUCCUCAGCAACUGAACGCCGUGCCUGAGGACGAUCGACUCUCGGCGUCGGUUACCCAAAGGAAUGGCAGGAGCCGAUCCGGUCAAAGCCGCAACCGGCACCGAGCUACUCCUGCUAAGCUGCAGGUACCAUGGUCGGGUUCUGGUUUGGAGGAUAUAAAGCUGGCGAUCCAACAGUUGACGAUGCGCUCACACAAGUCUUCUUCCACAUACUCUUCAUUGAGCGGUUCGGAAAGUUCGGAGCCCGCGGUGAGGAGGCUGAUGCGACACUCCAGCUUAGAAACGAUCAACACCAAUGUGACCAGUGCCGAUGAGUUCGUCUGGGUAGACUCUCACAAUCGUCUGGUGGAGUUGCAACAGUUACCGUGGACUCACCACGAUGUGCUGCGUGUACUUCAGAACGGUCGCACGAGGGAACACAUGGAUCAAGUCUCGAUGGAGACGAUCCCGCGGCUCUCCUACCUCCUGCAACGCGCGCUAGUCAGGAUCGGUCGCGAGACUCAGAGAUUGACGAAGCCCAUAGGCCUCUGUAGUAAGCACGAGGUGUACAGCGCCUUCAAGAUCGUACUCUGUCCGGCUCUGGCGGAUUCUUGCACCAAGGCUUGCCUUCGAGCUGCCGCGAUGUUUGCUGUAUCUGGCGAUCAGCUAAAGCAAUCGAAGGCAUCCCGUUCAGGGCUGCAAUUGCCAGUCGGACGUUUCUUACGUUGGAUGUCCGAUGUGAGACUCGGGCGGAUGAUUCACGAGUACGCCGCGAUAUAUCUGACGGCCGGGAUCGAGAAUCUUCUGGAGGAGAUACUGCUACAGUGCGUGCCGACUGAACCGCAUACGACCCUCACGGCGACGAUGCUGGAGCACGCUAUAGCCAACAGUGGCGACUUAUGGGGCUUGUUACAGCCAUAUGCGCAUCUCAAUGCCGGUCGGACGGCAUCGGGCGCUCUCGCGAUGCCUCGUUGGGCAAGUGUAAGUUCUUUGAACUCAUCGUCGUCGUCGCGCAGCGGACGGGACGCAGCUCAGUCAGCUUUGGAACCGUCGUUACUUACGACCUGCGUAGGAUCGAUGUCGGAAUUGAUAGAUUUGAUUUCCAAAGUAGCGCAAGCGGGACGCUGCCCCAUACCACUGACGACUAGAGCGUUACAUGCUCUAUUUUAUUACAUGAGAUGCUCGCAGCUGGAGCAUGGAGAACGUGGUUCUGGAAUUCAAGAAUUAGCAUACGAACGAGCUUAUGUAGUGCUACCACCGUUAGUAGAAUGGCUACGAGUAGCUGCAGCGCAUGCCGAGCACAGACACGGUCUGGUUAUGGAUCAAGAUGACAUUAAUCAAGCUGCCCGACUAUUGUUGCCUGGAGUAGAUUGUCCCGUUCGACCGAUAAGUUCCGAGGAGAUCGCAGUGUGUUCCAAGCGCAUCGACGAUGCCGAAUACGUUCGAUUGCUGACGCUGGACAUGGCCUUCAAGAUGUUGACCAGCGGACGGACAGAUCUGAUAGCUCAGGCAAUGCCAUUGUUGCCUUCGACAAAGAUCAACACAGUGAACGAUGCCGGAUUUACAGCUCUGAUGUUAGCGUGUAUCAACGGGGAUGAAUCAGCUGUGAUGGCUCUACUGGACGCCGGGGCAGACUUGAAUAUUGAAAGCCCACCACCCACGACGAGCUCGUCAUCAAACACACCUUCUAAGAUUCCACAAACGUCCGGUAUAUCGAACGUUAGAAAUCCGAUUAAUCAGUCGGCAAUAAUAACGCCAAAUAAAACAUCGAACGCAAAUGUAGCGUCAAGUAGUCCUAACAGUUUAAGUGGAGCUAUCUCCAGCGGCAUGUGUUAUGCGCAAACUGCUUUCAAUGCAGAGACACAACACUGGACCGCUUUGACUUAUACGGCUCUGUUGGGUCACUGCAAUAUCGCCAGAAUAUUAUUGGAAAGAGGUGCGGUAGUGGAAGGCGGCGCAAAACUCAGCGAGGAUAAAUGCACGGUUACGCCUCUGCAAGCGGCCACGGCGUCAGGAAACAACGAGAUGGUUGCUCUACUCUUGGCACACGCGGCGCAGCCGUUUCUGUCUACUUUGAUUAAAGAUUCAUUCUCCUAUUCUGGUUCCGUGCAACGUGGUUGUUACAGCGCAAUCUCGGUGGCUACGGCGCAUGGUCAGAGAAGUUGUCUUCAUCAAUUGCUAUCGCAUCCACUCAACUUCUCGGCAAAGCGAGGAGAAAAGGAGAUAUUAUCUUUAGAAGAAAUAUUAGCCGAAGGUAACGCCGGUAAUAAUUCUCAGCAGCAGACUGCCGAAGGAAGAGGAGCUCGCAGAGAAGGCAAGGAACCAGUAUUUAAUAAGAUACAAACGAAGGCGCUACAAGAAGCGAUGUAUCAUAGUGCGGAAAGUAAUCAUUUAGAUAUUACUAUGGAACUUCGUGGGCUAAAAAUAGGCUGGACAUUACAUUGUUGGAUGCACAGUCUCGCGACAGCUCACGAAAUGCGACUGGAUUCGGUUAUAGAUCAAUUACUUCAAGACUUUCUUCAAGUCUGUCCGGACGAUUAUUCCACGCAGUUCGUGCAGGAGUGUUUGCCACUCUUAUUCAAUAUUUUUAGAUAUAGUAAGAAGGAAGGCACAACACUCUUGCUCGCUGAUAUAUUUUGCACAUGUUUCGGAUGGGAAGCAAUCAAGCCGAUUAGAGAUACUACACUUUCGAGCGGGUCAAGAAUCGACCCAAAAUUUGUAAAUAAUCCAGAAUUAAGCGAUGUACAAUUUAGAGUCGAAGGUCGCGUUUUCUAUGGUCAUAAAAUUGUACUGGUUACAUCUUCUCCGAGAUUUAGAAAUAUGUUGAGCUCCAAACUAUGCGAGGGCAAUCCUCCCAUUGUACAGAUUAACGACAUAAGAUAUCACAUAUUCCAGAUGGUUAUGGAAUUUCUUUAUCAUGGUGGCUGCGCUACUUUGGAAGUUAAUCAAAGUGAUGUUCUGGAAUUAAUGGCAGCAGCGAAUUUCUUUCAACUCGAUGGCUUGCUCAGAUACUGUGAAGCACAGUGUUCCACGAUGGUGGACCUUGACAAUAUUGUUUCUAUGUAUAUUCACGCAAAGGUAUAUAAUGCGGCACAGCUCUUAGAAUAUUGUCAAGGAUUUCUAUUACAAAAUAUGGUAGCUCUUCUGACGUAUGAUGAUUCAGUUAAGCGUUUGUUAUUUGCGAAAAAGUUACCGAAUCACGACGUUCUCGCGGGGUUAUUACUCACAUUGCAAUCGCGAAUAAAAGCCAGGCGAUCUCAACAAAACAAAAUAAAAGCUUAGGUACCCACAAAUUCCUCUGUAUUACAAAUAUAUACGGAGUUAUAAGAGCUGUGUAAAAUAAUAAAAAUUUUAUACGAUUUCUAUCUUAGAAGUACUGAGAUUUAAUCUUAUAUAUUGAGAUUGGUUUUAUAUAUUGAGACUUAAAACUGCAUAUUAUUCUAUUUUAAAAGGGCAUGUGUAAGUCUCGUUAUAAUAAAUAACAUAAUUUCAUAUUGUUAAAAAAACAUUUAUAUAUAUGUAUAUAUAGUAUUGGGCUGAUAUAAAAGUUCGUAUCGUUGUUUAAUUGAAAUUCGAAAACAAUGUUUAGAUAUUUGUACAUAGAUUUAUUUAACCACAUAUGUACCGUUACGAACUUUUGUUCCAAUCCAAUAUAUUAAAUUAGAAUAUUAAAGAAAACGUAUGUGCUAUAUUUAUAAGUUACAAAGAUUCUUUUAUGAAAAUCAUUUUCACAAAAUAUUCCCUUGUAAAUAAGAUUAUAUUAGUAUAAAACAAUUUUUAUAGAUAUAAAUUUUUCAUACAUGUCGAUAGAAAUCGUAUAGAAAUCGAGAUUUUUAUCUAUUAUUAUAUAUGAACUUUUUGAUGAUAAAAGUUCUGAUCACUCAAUGUGUAUAUAUCUUACUAUAAAGAUAAAUUUUUUUAUGUUAUAAAUCAUAUAACAAAAGGUCUGUUAUUGAACGUAAAGAAUAACAAAAUAGUUAAACUUUUGAUAUUAUUUUUCUAUUAGCGAUUUGGAAAAUUAAUAAAAGUGGAUCUCCGAUUUGUAUGUGUAUUUUCGCAUGCACUUCACAACUACGGUUUUUCAUGGUAUAAUACGCGAAGAUUGAGCAUUUUUUAAAUGCAUUUUUGUAUUUUUUAUAAAUCAAUAUAUUAUAAUAUGAUAUAUACAGGGUAUAAAAAAACUUUUAUUUGCAAAGAACAAAAUAUAAUUUAAUGCCUAAUAUUAAUUUAGCACAUACAAAUCAACAACGAUAAUAAAGCUAUUAUACUUGAUAUUAAGCGUACGUAUCGAUAUCAAUAUCAUAGCACUAUUUAUUUAAAUGAUGUUAAUGAUUAGUUGUAUAUACAAUAUUCAGAUUAUAAUCUUAAUAAUUAUACGUUGGAUUUUUAAGAUCCGGAAUGCCUAAUAAUCAUAUCAGAAUCGAGUAAUCGUAGGAAAAUGGCUGUCUCAAUCAAAUUUGUUUGUGUUUGACAGUAUAUAAUUUUAAAUAUAGGCGACAUUUUUUAAUGAUAUAAUUAUAAAAAAAGCAUUGAUUAAAUAAUUUACGGCGUAAUAAUAUCCCCAAUUCUUACAGAAAAUUCAAGAUACGUAGAUUAAUACUUUGUCUAUAUUUGUUACAUUACAAUAUCUCCUAUAAAUCAUUUUUUCUGUUUUUCAUGAAAUUUAACAUAUCUUUUUUUAUAAAUAUAUUUCUGCUAUUCAUGAAAAUAUUUUCAUACAUACGUAACAUUUAUGAAAGAAAUCAUUAGUUUCAAGAAUUAGCACCCGUAUAUUUUACCGGCAAUUUUCAGUAAAAUUAGAAUUAUAUUUAUUAGACAGGAUAAAAAUGCGAAUUUGAAUGUAUAACAAAGUUCAUACAAUUUAAAUGGUACUAUUGUUCAGAAAACGCAUAAUUUUAAUUUUUAUGCAUUAACUAAGUCAAUUAAUACAAUUUUAUUACAAGAGUUGCCAUAAGAAUACUUUCCUAAUUGAUUAUACGCCAAUUUUCGUGCUAAUUAUAAUGCUGUUACAAUUUUCAUCUACCUACUUUGGCUUUGUUUGCAUUAUAUCAAUUUAUUAAUUACGAUUAGUACUCGUAUGUUUAAUAUAUAAUAUUUAUUCUGAUUGAUAAUUCAGAUAAAUAUAUGAAAAUAAUAUUUAAUACAAACAUGAUUAUAAAAUACAUGUACGUGAAAUUUUGUAUCAAUUUGAUUAUAAUUAUAUGUAGGUCUUACUAAUAUCAUUUCUUCAUGUGGCGACAAUAAAUAGAUAACAUUUUUAUUUGUGCAGUUUCGCAUUCAUAUGCGAAACAUACAUCUGCCUAUUUAUAAAUCU